CACAUCUUCGCUCUUUGACUCUCACUGUUGGUUUACACUUGCAUCUCUCUCUUUAGUGACCUCAUAUGUAUCAUCAUUUCUUUGCUAGUUCCUCUCCUCCGCCUCACAUUCUGUCUCUCCCUCGUUUAUUGACAGAAAACAAGCAAGAUUACUUUGUAAUUUGACCCUGUUCUUUUUAGAUGCUGAAUAAACGAAAGUAGCCUGUGAGAGAAGAAGAAGAGGAGGAACAAAAGACAAAGGGAAAUAAUGUCUAACUAUUCAUUCUUAAACCACCAGCUCUCGAAAAGCACCUCCAUUUUCGGCUUGCGUUUGUGGGUUGUUCUUGGAAUCUGCGUUGGAGCUGCUAUCGUCAUCGUUCUCUUCCUUAUCUCCCUCUGGUUCACUUCUAAACGCCAAAAGAAAUCGACCCGUAGCGGCCACAACAGCAGCUUUAAACCUACUCAUAACUCUAUCGUCCCCAGUGUUUCCAAAGAGAUUCAGGAAAUCCGGGUCGACCCAUCUCAUCAUUCUAAUCCUGACGCUAAGCUUCACCAAGCUUCGAACCCCGACCCACUUCCAGAAUCGGAACAUGUAGUGGUUCUUCAUUCAGAAGAAGACAACAGCGCCGUCUCCGGGCGCAACAGAAUUCACAUUGAGAUAGGGAAGGAUCAUCGGAUUGCAUAUCCCGAACGUGGAACCGGUUCGGGUCAUGGAUCGGGUGAAUCCCGGUCUGGUGAUCAGGGGAUGACGAUUAUGGCGGCUCCGGAAGUUUCCCACUUGGGCUGGGGACAUUGGUAUACUUUGAGAGAGCUUGAGGAGUCUACUAAUGAGUUUGCUCCCGAGAAUGUGAUUGGUGAAGGCGGUUAUGGAAUUGUUUACCGUGGUGUUUUGGAAGACAAUACUAAAGUUGCUGUGAAGAAUCUACUAAAUAAUAGGGGUCAAGCUGAAAAGGAGUUUAAGGUUGAAGUGGAAGCAAUUGGACGCGUAAGACAUAAGAAUUUGGUGAGAUUGCUUGGUUAUUGUGCGGAAGGAGCUCAUAGGAUGCUUGUUUAUGAAUACGUUGACAACGGGAAUUUAGAACAAUGGCUUCAUGGAGAUGUUGGGCCUUGCAGUCCUCUUACAUGGGAGAUCCGUAUGAAUAUAGUGCUUGGAACCGCUAAAGGAUUGACAUAUCUGCAUGAAGGACUUGAACCUAAGGUUGUUCAUCGUGAUAUCAAGUCGAGCAAUAUUUUGCUUGAUAAACAGUGGAAUGCAAAAGUAUCUGACUUUGGCCUAGCAAAGCUCUUGGGUUCGGAAAGGAGCUAUGUGACAACUCGUGUGAUGGGAACAUUUGGAUAUGUAGCUCCUGAAUAUGCUAGCACUGGCAUGUUAAAUGAGCGAAGUGAUGUAUACAGCUUUGGCAUUCUUCUCAUGGAAAUAAUUUCAGGAAGAAAUCCAGUGGAUUACAGCCGGCCUCAAGGAGAGGUAAAUCUGGUGGAAUGGCUUAAAACAAUGGUUACCAACAGGAAUGCGGAGGGUGUUUUGGAUCCAAGGUUACCUGAAAAACCUUCUUCCAGAGCACUGAAACGAGCCCUUUUAGUUGCUUUACGCUGUGUAGACCCAAAUGCUCAAAAAAGGCCCAAGAUGGGGCAUGUGAUUCAUAUGCUUGAGGCUGAUGAGUUUCCAUUUAGAGAUGACCGUAGAGCUGGAAGGGAUAACAUGCGCUCCACACAAGAUGGUGUGAAGGAUAGAUUGGCAGAGAAACCUAUGAAUGAAUCAGGUGACAGCAGUGGAUAUGAAAGUGGUGCCCAAACUAAUAGAUCAUUAUGGAGAAAACCAGAAUCUGAAGAGCAAUAGCUGUGCAAAAUCAAAGUUAAGCUGAAUCGACUACGUUCUUCAGAGCCAGCUCAGGCAAACACACUACUUUCCCAUCUCCGUAUGUGUAUAAAUAUGAUUCAUGUUGUCUCUCAAUGCGAUAUAUACUUUUUGUUUGUAGAUUAUGUAGGCCUUUAUGCCAAUUUUAGUAUAUUCCAUUUGCUAAUUAGAUGCAUGUAAUACUGUUUCUUCAUUUAACUUUACUAAGUUUUUGGCUUAUGAUAUUAUUUAGUAGUAA